AUGGCGUCUCUCCGGAACUCAGCCACAGCUGCUUCGGCUGUGUGCAAGCAGCUCGCCAAUUCCAGUGGUUUUGCUCGCUCCGCGGCUUCCGUGCAGACAUCCAGCCUUUCUUCAUUAUCUUCUCCGACGCGGCCGGCAUUCUUCUCCCUCCCAUCCUCAUCAUGCCGAAACUCCUCCUCAUACCAAAUCCGUGGCUUCCUCACCAACCUUCGCCACCAGGCACAAGCUCUAAAGGAGCAGCCUGUCACACCAUCGACCCCAAUCACCCCGAAGGCCAAUAAGACUCAGCCUGCUGUGCAAUUGAGCAAUCUCCCCUACUUUGUUCGCCGGACCGGUUCCAACCAACUCCCCGUUUACCUCGUCACAAAAGCCGGCGGCACUAAGCAGCUCACUAAGAUCCAGAAGACGGAGGGUGACCUUGAUGCUCUGCGCGAUGACCUGGCAUACACCCUAGGCGUUGAUGUGCGAAGCCCUGACGUGUCUAUCAAUCGACUUAACGGCCACAUCAUUGUCAAGGGCUGGCGCAAACCCGAAAUCCUGAAGUUCCUCUCCGAGCGAAACUUCUGA